UGCGGCGCCCGAGUUGGAGCUGGAGAGCGAGGGGGAAGCAAAAUGGCGGAGCUUGAAGACGUUACGCUGGACGGGAAGCCGCUUCAUUCGCUCCGGGUGGCAGAUUUAAAAGCCGCCUUGGAGAAUCGGGGUCUUCCUAAAAGCGGGCAGAAAAAUGCACUCAUCAAGCGACUCAAAGGGGCUCUCAUGCUGGAGAAUUUGCAGAGAACCUCCACCCCUCACAUUGGGCUUCAGCCCAAUUCUCAGAUCGGGGAAGAGAUGAGCCAGAACAGCUUCAUAAAGCAGUACCUGGCCAAACAGCAGGAGCUUCUCAGGCAACGACUGGAGCGAGAGGCCAGGGAGGCGGCCGAAGCCAACGGUGAGAAGCCAAAGAUGGACAGUCAAGCAGCUCCAGAGGAGGAUCAUGAGGAGAGCAACCUCACGUCCUGUUCGGUGGAGCCCUCCUUGCCAUCGGGUGCCCUGUUCAGCCAAGAGGAGGCCGGAGGGGGAGGUGAACUGGAGCCGACCCCUGUGCAAGGCAGAGAGGAAGUGGAAGGUGCCAUGCCCCUGGCUGUGCUCCCGCGUCCCAGUACACGUCGCUCACUGACCCAGUCGGCUCAGGCUAAACAGACGGAAGCUCCUUCUACCUUCGGCUCCCAGGAAGCUCUUGAGGCCGGUGGCAGGUCCCGGCGCUCCUCCAGUGGCCGGCUGAGCCACGACGAGCCGUCUCGCGCCGUGGCCUCACUGUCUGUGCGGGUUGUUGGGGAGCCUGAGCGGGAGGGCCCGGCCAGCGCUGCCUCUUCGUCCGUAUCACAGCUUGGACGCUCCAGUCUUAGCCAGGAUGACAGUGAGGAUGAUGAGAAGAGUGAUGCUGAUGAGGAGUGGGGCGCCGGGGCUGCGAGGCGUGGUCCCAAGCAGAGUCCAGCCCCCAGCAGCCUGCCUCCCCAGCGGGAAAGGUCCCGACGCAAGCUGCAGCCACCGCAGCACAUCCCCCCACCACAACUGCCCCACCAACCCCCGCUGCAGCUCCGCCAGCCCACCCCACCUCCCUCCCCACCUCCAGAGCUCUCUUUCCCUCUGCCAGACACCCCCAAGCAGAGCCCACCCAACGAGCCUGAAGGUGGGGGGGCAGCAGAGGCGAUGGCAGCCGCACCCCCUGCCCUGCAGCACCAGGAUAGCAGCUCAGGCUCUAGCAGCUCCCCACCCAGCAGUCCGGAGUCCCCCCACCAGCGCCGACCCGGCCCACUCACCCUGCUGGCCCGCAAAAUGGAGUCCGAGGGAGCUUUUGCUGGGACGCGGGGUCGAAGCCACUCGGAGGCUGAAGGGCAGGGAUCUGUACCCACCUCUGCAGCUGCUGUCUCACCAACUACCGUGUGUGCUGACAGCCACAGCAGCAAUGCAGGUCUACCUCUGCUGCCCCCUACAGGUGACCCUGUGCUACAAAGUGGGAAUGGCGCAACUGCUUUGGAGCCUAGUUCUGUAGGCUCACCUGCGCAGGUUAUGGAAACUGAAGACUCGCUGUUCCCACCUGCUGAAGCAACCAUCAUUAAGGCCACUAGUGAUAGACAAAGUGAUGGAGGAGAGCCAUCCAGACCCAAAGAGGACUUUGGGAAGGAUGUAGUGGCAGUGAAACGGGGAAAGCCUGAGGAGGAGGGAAAGGGAGAACCUAAGCAAGAGCACUUAGGAGAGCCCUCUGCACCUGGGAAACCCACCGAGCCUCUGGAGAGUCAGCUUACCACGGUCCUGCCCAAACAGCCCCCCUCCAAGAAGCUCCACUUGCUGCGAAACAUGCCAGUGUUGUGCGUGCCUGCCUCCACGGGACCCCCUGGCAGGCAGCCUCGCGCAUCUUCUGAUGAGCCUCCGGGGCAGCAGCCGGCCCAGAACCUGCCCUCCCCUCCUGCCGCAGACCAAGAUAAAGAUGGCACUCAUGACGGAUCCACAAGUCCUUCUGGUGAGGCGGGGGCUGUCUUAAAACCCCAGUCAGCAGAAGCAGAAGCAGUCUGCUCACAGAGUGAGACCACUGACAGGGAAAAGGGGCCAGGAAGCAGUACUGGGCAAGCAGAUGCCAGGACAGCCAAGGUGGCAGAGGAGUGCAAAAUGUGGAAAGGGGCUGCUGUCGAAGCACCCAUGGGCCCUGUGCUGCCCCCCUCACCCCCACCAGAAGAGGGCGAUGCAGAGCCAGAAAGAGACAGGCACUCCUCCCCCUCCAGUGACUCCUCAUCCUCUGACUCAGAUUCCGAAUCUUCUUCCUCACAUUCCUCGGGGUCCUCUGCUUCAUCAAGAGACCAAUCCAGAUCCAGUGACAAGAAGCAUGAUGGAGCCAAGCAAGACUCUAAGGCAGACUCCCAAGCUGAAGGCUCCACAGCCACUCCCAGAAGUCCUUGUCGCAAGAGAAGAGGGGAGCAGUUGGAAGAGCGUGACGCUGGAGGUGUGCUCCAACUCAAGAAGCCAUGCCUUGGAGAUGGAAAGAGGAGUAAAGUGGAGCGUAAAGGACCAGAUCGAAAGAGCUGUGUUCCAACCAGGGAGUUGAAGCAGGCUGCCAUGUCAGAGCCAGCUGACCCUGCAGUGCAGGUGGAGGCACCCUUGGAGUCUGAGGGUGCUGGUGUGCAGCCUCGCUCAGAUGGCCAUGAGGCUGCAGAAAGCCACUCAGAGGAGAGUACCACACCAAAAGCAUUUACUGCCCGCAAGAUUUCAUUGAACACUAGUAAGCCCUCUGUGGCCAGUGUCGGGGGGACCACCCCCACACUGCCCUCUCCGGGGGGUCCUCUAGAGCCAGAGUCUGGUGGUCAAGCAGCCAGAAAGAGGAGAUGGGGAUCUAGUACUGCAGUGACAGCCAAGAAGCCAUCAAUCAGCAUCACCACUGAUUCCCUGAAGUCACUGAUCCCAGACAUCAAGCCGGCCACUGGUGCAGGGAGCCAAGAGGCAGUAGUCGAACUGCACCCCGAUGAAGGCCACUUGUCAGGAGAUGAGGAGGGUGUGGAGCGGGGUGACCAGGGAGACCAAGGUCUGGAGAAAGGUCUUAAGAUACGCCGUACUGUAACACAGGUGGUACCAGCUGAGAACCAGGAGAAUGGACAGAAGGAUCAGGAGGAGGAGGAAGAGGAAGAUGAGCGGUCAGAAAGUGCUAGAACAGUCGUUGAAGAGGGCAAGAAUGGCUCCUCAGAGGUUUCCAUGGAAACACAAGCACCUAGCGUUCGGGAGGCCGACUUAAAGAAAGUGAUUCCCAGCGACUCGCUGGUGCGUCGCUCGAUUAGCCAGCAGAAGUCUGGGGUGUCCAUCACCAUCGAUGAUCCAGUGCGAUCCGCCAAGCAGCCCUCGCCGCCCCGUGGCAAAAUCACAAACAUUGUCCAUAUCUGUAACUUGGUACGACCUUUCACCCUGGGACAGCUGAAAGAGCUGCUAAGCCGAACUGGGAGCGUGGUGGAGGAGGGCUUCUGGAUUGACAAGAUCAAGUCCCACUGCUAUGUGACGUACUCCAGCACAGAGGAGGCGGCGGCCACUCGCACAGCACUGCAUGGAGUUAAGUGGCCCCAAAGCAACCCCAAGUUCCUGAGUGUGGAUUUCGCUGAGCAGGACGAGCUGGACUUUCACAGGGGCCUCCUGACGGUGGAGCGUAGUGCAGAGGAGGAGCGCGGGGUUCCUCCUGUUGCCCCCCCGGCGCCCUUGGCCCGGCCCGGGACACUGCCCCCCUUGGUGCCUGAGCGGCAGCGUGACCGGGGCGCUGCCGUGGUGCGAGACCAGUGGGCGGAGCGCGAGCGCGAGAUGGAGCGGCGGGAGAGAACGCGGGCCGAGCGUGAGUGGGACCGCGACAAGGUCCGGGAGUUCAGCAAGCCGAGAGAGGAGCGGGAAGGAGGGCAGAGGCGCUCCCGCUCGCGCGAAAGGGAGAGGAGGCGCAAAGAGAGAGCCAAGAGCAAGGAGAGGAAGACCGAUAAGAAGGAAAAAGCCCCUGAGGAACCUCCAGCCAAGCUGCUAGAUGAUCUCUUCUGCAAAACCAAAACAGCUCCCUGUAUAUAUUGGCUCCCGCUCACUGAGGAACAGGCAACACAGAGAGAAGCAGAGCGUGCUGAACGCAUGAAGGAGAGAGAGAAGCAAAGGAAGAAGCUGCUGGAGGAGGAGGACAAGAAGCGGGAGGAGGAGCGCAAGGAGCGGGUGAAGGCCAGGGAGAAAGAGGGAGGGGCGGCACCUGGCAGUGGGGUGGGGGCAGCGGGUGAGAGGGAGAGGGACCGGGGUCGCGACAGGGAGGGGGACAAACGGCGAGACAGCCACCGCAGCAGAGGGCCAGAGGCCAAAGUGGGGAGCAGUGGUUCGGGGAUGCUGGCUGGGGGUCGGCGCUCACGCAGCCGCAGUAACCCCCCCGCCAGGGAUCGGCGCCGGUGAGCAUGGCGUUAUGCCAAGUCAGCCGACGUGAAGGGUGACCACAGGACAGACUGUGAUCAUGAGCUUUUUUUUGUGACACCGUCUUCUCCCUCCCGCCUCCAUUUUGAGGUGGCAUGGGCAUCAUGCUUUCCCAGUUUCUUUGAUAUCUGUUUCUGUCCUCUACUGCCACCCAGUGGCCAUGCAAAGCCCCCCAGCCUCUCCUGAGGAGAACUUCUGUUUACCCACAAGAUGUGCCCCCUGUGUCCUUCUAAACCAAAAAGGGGGGAGCAUGUCUCCUUACUUUUUAUGUUGUGUUCAAAACACACCUUUGCUUUUAUUGUCCACCACAGCUUUAUCUUUUUUUUUUUAAUUCCCUGCCCCUUUCAGCCACUAGACAUCAGUAUGAGAAUUUGUCUUUUUUGUGUGUUAUGGUCCAAGCUCAUUGUAAUGGGCAUGAGCCGUUUGCUGUCAGCACUGUUAUUGCUGUGUCCUGCGGGAUCAUACCCAUCACACUCUGCCUAUUGGGGCAUGUGGCAGCUUUCAGCAUCUUUCUACCAUCAUUCUCUGCCAAAAACUAUGUAGUUUUCACUGGAGUGUGAAGUGAGGUCCCACUGAAAGUCUCUCCAGUGUCACUAGUGUCCUGGAAUUUAAUGGAAUAAAGUUCUGUUUGGUUCUCAGACCUGUUGCAGGGAUGCACUGACAGUAUGUUCAGAACGCGAGCAUCGUAAAACCGAUGCUUUUUGAGAAAUGGACCUGUAAUGAGCCCCCCCCCAUGUCACUGAGGGUGGAGUCCUAAAAAAGUUUGUUUUAACAUUUUUUAAUUAUUUUAGUAUGAAUAGUUUGAGUUUGAUAUUUUUCCUGUAAGUGUUGAAUGUACAAAAUUAAAGAUUUGAGUGUGUAUGAA